ACAUGGUCACACAUGCAGUGCUGGUGUGUGGUUAUCAGGGCAGGAUGUGGGGGAGGACCGCGAGGGUCUGCUGGCUGCUUUAAACUCGAACUAAAAAAACUCUUUCCUCACAUUCAGAGCGUUUUUAGCCCUGAAGCUCUCGGUUUCAUUCAAGUUCACAACAUUUCAUAACAAGACAAGCAAGUCUAACCUGCAUUUCUCCCCAUUCCAUUCAUUCCAGAUUCAUUUAAACCUUCUGACCAUCAGUACCAACCUGAAGUGGGGCAGGAACCAACAUCUACGGACAGUAAAAUACUCAUUUAACAUGAUUAACAUGAUUAAACUGCUUUCUACAUACAUUUUUCUUCAUUGUGCUGUCUAUGAGUGGGCAGUCUAGUCAUAGUAAGUUAGUGUCAGUGGAGAAUCUGAGUGCAGAGUGGAGGACUGCAGCAGUUAAGGAGGGUGGUUAAAGUGUUGCUGCACAGGAAGUUGCUGAGCAAAGUUGAGAGAGCUUGCACAGACAUGGAGGUCUGUCAUCACUUUUUGCUUCUUGUCUUUCUGGUUGGCCUUUGCUCAACAAUCGAAAAAGGUCCAGUUCAUGCUUUUGUGAGUGGACCAAUUCCUGGCAAACCGCAAAAUGUCAGCACGAAUGACACAGGAGUUAAAGAGGCCGUGCAAAGUGCAGUCUACCUAUUCAACAACCAGUCCAAUGAUCUGUUUUUUUUCAAGGCAUCAGCGAUUGAUGAUGCCCAAAGACAGAUUGUUAAAGGUGUCAAGUAUCUGCUGAAGGUGGAGAUAUCUCGCACCGUGUGUCAGAAGAGAGAGAGUAAUGUGGAUCUUGCUAACUGUGACUUCCAGCCGCAUGGUGUGUUGCAGCAGACAUUUCUCUGUAAAGCUGAAGUGUGGGCCAUACCAUGGCAGAAGAUAAUGAAGACCACAUCUUGCUUCUGUCUUCCUUCACACAGGUCUUAAUAUGCCAUUUUCAGAAAAAGAAAAAACAUGAAAAGUGAAUCUGAAAUGGCAUGGAAUGCUAAUUAAUUUAAUGGUGAAUUCCCACAGAAUAAAAUACCCCACUGCGAGCUGAAAGAGAUAUGGAUGCAGACUUUUGAUCAUGUCCAGUGGCUAGUUAUCAUUUCUUCUCAGAUCUGACUCACUGUAAGUUCACAAUAUCAAGCUUGCAUGUAAUCGUGCAGCAUAAAUUAUUCACAAGCUUCUGCUGCGAGAAGGGCCUGUGAUGUGCUGAGGCAGAUUUAUAGCGCUACUAUAGAUCAGGGAAAGGGUCUCUUUUUUCGGUUCUGAAGAGGUUUUGACCAGCUCUGAGAAGUAGGACCAUUAGAUCUCUUACUCUAAACUCAGAGCACUGGAAGCACUUUCUGCAGUUACAUACUGCACCUUUUUAUACUCAGCCUUAUUCAGUUUAUCAUGUUGCUUGUGGCUACAUUACCACAGAAUUGGUGAUUUGUGAAGUAUAUGGCUGUGCAUGCAAGAGGUGUGUAAAAUCCUAUAAGCAUAUAUCAAUUAUUGCUAAUUAUCAAUUCCAUUUUAAGAACUACAUACAACCCUGUACAUACAGAACUGUGCAGAAAUCAAAAG